AGAUGAGAAUUGUAUUUUAAUUAAAAGGAGUGAUUUCUGAAAUUUCUGGUGUGGCAUCCCUAACCUCAUAUUUUGCAGCGGAUUCUAUGGAGAAUUAGGGUUGUGCCGUUAUGUACAUAUUUGUGCAUUUUGGGAUUUCUAACUAAAAAUCGCGAGGCAUGCGGUGUUUUUGUUUGAUUGUGGCUAGGUUUUGAGUGGAAAGAGGGGGCGUUCCCGGAUGGCUUUGAAUCAAGGAGGAAGCUUUUGCAGUGGGAUCAACUUUCAGAAUAGGCGUUUCUCGGAAGAUCGCCCGGAUAAGAAUCGGGAUUGUUUUGGUAAAUCCUGGGGUUUGGAUUGCGGGAAGGGGAAUUUUCAGGGCAAUAGAAAGGAGGAGAUCCGUAAUGCUUCAGAUGAUGUUGCGGAUUUGCUGCCUCAGGAUCCAUUUGAUAUGAAUAUUGAUACCAUAGAAAUUGGGUUCGUGAUUGAUGAAAUUGGGGUUGGGAAAGUUGAUGAUCAGUUAUUUGCGGGAUUUGAUUUUGUAUUGAAUGGUAGCAAGAGGAUUCAUCCAGAGUCAGGUGCCGAGAAGAUGAAUGAGAACUCUGGAGUUGGAGCCAUGGAUUUUGGGAAUGGUGAAUUUGAUGGCCAUGUCUUUUCGGAUUGUGAGAUGGAUGAGACUAUGGAUUUCAGUUAUGAAAAAUAUUGGAUUUUUUAUGAUGAAAUCAACAAGCGUGAAGGAUUACCUGGAGAGGGUUUCCAGGGUGAAGGAGGUUCUCCUCCAGAUGCUCUGCCUCUGGCCCUUUAUCGUUUAGGUGUUGAGGACCUUCUCUUUGUUGAGCAAGUUUGCAAAUCUUUGCGCGAUGAAGUGCAAAACAAUCCACUUCUAUGGAGAAAGAUAAAGAUUGAUCACCCUUUGAGUGAUAAGAUCACAGAUGAUGCUCUCCUGCAGUUGACGAACCGGGCCCAAGGACGUCUCCAUUGUUUGAGUCUUGUGGAGUGCUUGAAGAUCACUGAUAGUGGCUUAAAGAAUGUGCUUGAAAGGAAUAAAACACUGACAAAGCUUAGCGUAGCUGGAUGCACGAAGCUCAGCAUUGGCGGGCUUCUGUCGAACUUAAAGGUUUUUAAGUACACAGGAAAUCCUGGGAUAAAGUGUCUCAGAAUUGGUGGACUGUUCGGUGUAACGAACCAACACUUUGAAGAGUUGAAGUUACUUUUAGGUGUGAAUAACAGCCAACUGCCAACUGCCCGUAAGCCACGGUUUUACCAAGCUGGCCAGUUGUAUCUCUCUGUUGAUGAUGAUGAUGAUGAUGAUCACGCUCUUGACAUUGAAACAUGCCCAAAGUGUGAGCAACUCAGACUAGUUUAUGAUUGCCCUGCAGAAAGUUGCCAAGGGGAUCAACAAGGUACCCAGUUAUGCAGGGCUUGUACUUUCUGCAUUCCUCGUUGUAAAAGCUGUGGCUGCUGCUUAAGCAAUCGUGAUUAUGAAGAGACAUUCUGUUUGGAAAAUCUUUGUUCAGAUUGCAUCCAGAAGUUUUUGCCAAAGCACUCAUUUUUCCACCCACAGGCAAGUUACCGUUUCUUCCUAUGUGGCUAGAGAAGUUCAAACCAAUUGUCAAUUUUGAUGCUUCUUCUGGUCAUGGAAACUGGAUGAAUGGAGGCUGCAUAGAUCUGGCUAUACAAUGUUCUAUGGACUAUGGGGAACUUUAAACUUUUAGGACGGGCUAGAUUGAAGCCAUUGGAUUUUGCCUAUUAUGGGCGCUUGAGAGCAUAGAGCUGGAGGGAAAGAAAUAAAAGAAAAGCUAUUCUGAUUGCCAGCUGCAUUUUGAUAAACUUAUCUUAAAGAGGGGAGCAAACGCGUGCAUUACAAGUAGUGAACUGCUGAAAAACUAGCUCGAUGGGUUUCACGAAGAUGGGACAGGAAUUGCGUUUAGACUUGCAUCCUACACCACUGCUAGAGCAUGAUUAGACAAAUAGUUGGCAGGUUUGUGAAAGCCAAGCAUCCUUUUCUGUUAUAAACUCCGAGAGAGAGAGAGAGAGAGAGAGAGACACAUAUAGCUGAGCUGUGAUUGUGGUCGACGGAGAAGCUAAACAUCAUCGUCAGACAAGCUGGAUUCUCACACACAGUGGUGACACAGGGAUCACAAUUGGAAGCUUGGAGUUGGCUCAUGUGUUUAACUAAAAAUGUUUUGUAAUUGUAUGUUCAAUACUCAAACUCUGCUAGUGGCUAUCCUCUGAAUGUGUUGUCUGCCAGUUACCAUCUGUUUGUGGUACUACUUACUACUACUAGGCAUGGAUUUCUUGUGACAAUAACUUAUGGUUGUGGUAGUUAUACAGUCCCAACUCAUUUCCUUUGACUCUGCUUUUUCAA